AGGAAGAUUAAAUUAAAACCAAAUUAAUACACACACCGUUCCUCAAGUUAGCUUCUAGUGUUACAUUACAACCUAGAACUUCUAAGUAAUUUAAAUGUUGAGUAACUGAAUCAAAGUUGAAGAAUUAACUAAUUGUUAUGUUUUAUUGCAGAUGCAACUUUAUUUCACUCAAAAUGUUUUGUUUUAAAAGAAAAACAGUAUAUCCAAGGUAUCAGGAGUUCUAACAUGGAAUGUGGAAACAAAACGUAUGAGCUCCCUUGUUUGUUCGGUACAUUAUCCCUCGGUUUUGUUGGAAACCGGCAAAGUUGUCUGUGCUUUGUUUGUUUAUAUGAUGAUCUUACAGUGAACGAUAGCUCAUUUCCAAUGAAGGGUUGUGCUUUUUGUGGAAAUUUCAUGUAAAUGAAAUUUCAUGGGACCUUUUAGAAGCAAGGUAAAGGACAUUCAGAGAACCAAUUGAUCAGAGCCCAUCAUUCCCAACAAGACUCAAUAUGGAUCAACCCAAUUUCACUACAGCCAAUUUUAACUUCUCUUCUCCUGGAUUCUGUCAACCCUCUUGGAACAGAAAAGGUCUGGUCUCUGCAGUGGUGUUUUCCUUUUGCUUUCUACUCGGAGUUCCUGGAAACAUUGCUGUGAUCCUACUCAAGCCUAACUGGAAGCAUCUGUCCAGUCUGAGCCAGAGUUUGAUGCUAAAUCUAACUCUUUCAGACCUGAUCUGUCUGCUGACCAUUCCAUUGUGGAUUUACAACUUAAUCUUUGGGUGGACAUUCGGCCUUGUGGCCUGCAAGGUUUUAGCAUACCUUGUGUACUGCACAGUUUAUUGCAGCCAGCUGACAGUGACUGUGUUGAGCAUCCAGCGCUACCUUGUUGUUGUGCGUGGAUGGAGGUGUCAUCAGGUACAAAAAAGUGUGCUGCUGGUUCUGCUUUGGCUGACUGCUGCUAUUUUGUGCAUCCAUGCUGUGGUGACUGAACAGCUGGUGACAGAUGACCAAUGGAUUCGUUGUAGACCCCAUUAUUCUUCUGAGACUGAGUGGGUGGCUGUGCUGGUAAUAGAAAACCUGUAUGGACUUGUUACAUUUUCACUUAUUGCUUUUUCAUACAUUUGCCUCUACAAGAAGGUAAACCGGGCAGCCUUUUUUAACAAUCCACAGACAAACAGGCUAGUCAUUGGUAUAAUUGUAAGCAAUUGUAUUUUGUUUGCUCCAUUACAUGUGAUAAAUGUGCUGGGCGUGUUAGCUAUAAGUAUUAAAAAUUACAAUCUAUUGAAGUUUUGUAUAGAUAACUGGAACACAGCCAAGUGCCUUACAUUUGUAAAUAGCUCCCUAAAUCCAUUUUUGUAUGUUUUUAUGUCUACCACAAUUUGCCCUUUUUGUCUGAAUAAGGAACUGUUGCAGCAAGAUGAGAUAAUUCCCCAAACACCAGAUGUUGCUACGAUUGCAGAACUUUGAUGACAAUAGCAAUAACUGGGAUUUAAUCUGGUUUAUAUCCAUAUACCAGGAAGAUUCAAUUAAAGCCAAAUGAAAUGAAUCCAGACAUUAUUCCUCAAGUUAGCUUCUAGUGCUUUAGUUCUAUGUUACAACCUAGAACUUCUACGUAAUUAAAAUUUUUGUUAAUUGACUUAAUUGUGAUGGUUUACAACACGAGAUGCAACUUUAUUUCACUCAACAUGUUUUGUUUCCAAAUAAAACUAGUGUAUCCAAAGUAUAACGACUUUUAACGUAAAAUUUGAAAAUGUAACGUAUGAGCUCCCUUGUUUGUUCAUUACAUUUUCCUGCUGUAUUGUUGGAAACAGGCAAAGUUGUCUGUGCUUUGCUCAUUUAUAUGAACUUUCAUGACAACAGCGAAACAUAUCCCUUUUUACCAAAGAGCAAAAGAUUUGUCUCCUUUGCUUCAAACUGAUGUCAUAUGCUCUACUAAUUUCUGCCAUUGCUUGAACCAAGAAGGUUGGUUUUGUCACUUUAACAGAGAUGUAUUUUUCUGUUCAUGUAAAAUAAAUUUUUUUACAUCACAGUAUCACAGUAUUUGUCAGUAUUUCUUAGUUUGCCAAAGUGA